AUAGUGUUUGAAGUAAUUUAUUGAAUAGAAAUUUUGAAUAUAGUGUUUUAGCAAUCAGAGAUAUGGUAGGAAGAAGCUAUAGCUUAGAUACGCGUGGAUUUGAGUCCACCAGGGAUCUUAGAAUAGCUCUUUAUGAAAUGAAAGAAGAUGUCCAGAGACUUGAGGAAGAGUUAGAUGCUGAGAGAGAAGCUACUGCUACAUCAGCGAGCGAAGCCAUGUCCGUGAUUCUUAGGCUACAAGGCGAGAAGGCGUUGCUUGCUAUGGAAGCUAGCCAGUACAAGAGAAUGGUUGAGGAGAGAAUGUCACUUGCCGAGUUGUCAUUGGAGCUUUUGGAGGAUUUGAAUUACCAGAAAGAUGUUGAAAUCAAGAAUCUUGAGUGUGAAUUACAUUCUUAUAGAUGUAAGCUUAUGAGUUUGGGAUGGAGUGGACUUGAUGAUGAGGAUUGUAUGAGAUUUUGCGAUAGGUCUCAAACACCGUCUCCAGAACCGAUUGAGACGGUUCCUGUGGAGAAGGGAGUUAUUGAGCAGAGCUUGGAUUCAAGAAGAGAUCAGGAGAAAAAAUUAGAUUUGAAUUGGGAUCAGAUCAAGAAGGUGGAUGAGCAGUUGAAAGAGCUUACGGAUUUUCGAGAUUCUGUAAGAGAUCAAUAUAAGAUUUUGAAGCAGGAGACAAGUUCUGUGUCUGAAACUAAGAAUGGAGAAAAGGGUUUGUGUAAAUCUGAUUUGUUGGUGAAAAAGAUGUCCAAGAAAUCAUCAAAACAGAAAAGAGAUAAAAGCGUCAAGAGAGAUCAUACGCGGGGAAAUUGUUCUGCAAACGAUGCAGAGUAUCAAGCAGAGUUGCAGCGGUUGCAAGAGCGAGUAGAGCGGCUCGAGCAAGAGAGAUGCAACAACGAGCCAGCUCAAACUAGUGGAGUAAAGCAAGAAAAUAUGAAUCUGCAGAGAAAUUCAGAAGAAGAGUUAAGUUCUGUGCAAUCUGCAAUGUUUAGUUAUGACUCAGCUAUUGUUUCUGUUCAAGAGGCCAUGCUUUACUUCCGGCUAUGAGCCACGCCUUUCGUCUCUGGA